AAUAAAACUGCGUUUAAAAAAGAUAGUUUCAAUAAAACGUCGUUGGCUACUUGGCCCUUGGAGAGUUGGAGUUGGAGGCAUUUAAUGAUUUGAUUUCAAAUCAGUUAACUGAUGCUCAUUGCUCAAUUGUGCCUCAGUUCUAAAGUGCCUAAUGGUAGAAGUUCUAACAGUCAUUUCCAUAAAGAAACCCUAGAAUUUCAAUUGCAUUACAUAACACUGGCGACAUCACAUUUUAAUCUCAGUUUCCAAAUCUACUAACAAAAAUGUCAAACUAUCUUGUCGAUGUCGUCGAAAUUCCAAGCGAUGACGAAGAAAUUGUCGCUAAUGAUUCAAUUAGGCAAAACAACAGCCUUUUACAAUUGGAAGCUUCGGAACCUCCAAAGCCAGAUGUUUCAGUCGUUCCCGAAUUAAAGAAGCAAAAGCUUGAAUGUCGAAGUUUCUGGAAAGCCGGUUCAUAUGAAAUUGGUCCCUCAUCAUUUGUUCCUGCCCACGGUGAAUUGGAACAUGCACGUGUUCAUCCCAAGUUUCUCCACUCCAAUGCUACUUCUCAUAAAUGGGCGUUUGGUGCUAUUGCUGAGCUUUUGGACAAUGCUGUUGAUGAGAUACACAAUGGUGCUACAUUUGUGAAGGUCGAUAAAAUUUUAAAUGUGAAGGAUAAUUCUCCUGCACUACUUUUUCAAGAUGAUGGUGGUGGAAUGGAUCCAGAGGGAAUAAGGAAAUGCAUGAGCUUGGGUUACUCGUCAAAGACAUCAAAUAAUACAAUUGGACAAUAUGGCAAUGGUUUCAAGACAAGUACUAUGCGUCUGGGUGCUGAUGUGAUUGUAUUAAGUCGUUCUACACGUCCAGGGAAAGCGACUCAAAGUGUUGGUUUACUGUCAUACUCUUUCUUACGUCUAACUGGGCAAGAUGAUGUUAUUGUUCCCAUGGUUGAUUUUGAUAUUUCUAAGCAUUGGGCAGAGCCAAUAAUCUAUAGCUCAUUGGAUGACUGGACAUCAAACAUGAAUACGAUCCUUGAGUGGUCCCCUUUUGCUACAAAGGAGGAACUUAUGAUGCAGUUUGAGGAUGUUGGAUCUCAUGGAACAAAAAUAAUAAUAUACAACCUUUGGCUGAAUGAUGAAGGCAUAUAUGAACUAAAUUUUGAUGAUGAUAAUGAGGAUAUAAAGCUUAAGGAUGAAACCAUUCAAGCAAGCGGGUCAAAAGUACACAAACGGACGCUUGAAUUGCAAUCACACAUUUCAUACCGCCUUCGUUAUUCUUUGCGGGCCUAUUCAUCAAUUUUGUACUUAAAAAAGUUUAAGAAUUUCAAGAUUUUGUUGAGGGGUAAGCCUGUGGAGCAAUUACAUAUUGCAGAUGAGCUUAAUUACAAAGAAGUGGUGACAUACAAACCACAGCUUGCUGCAACAUCUGCUGAGGUCACAGUGAAAACAACCAUUGGGUUUAUAAAACAAGCUCCAGAUCUGAAUGUCUCUGGGUUCAAUGUUUACCAUAAAAAUCGACUUAUAAGGCCUUUCUGGAAGGUUGUUCGUGAUGGUAGUUCUGUAGGGAAUGGUGUUGUUGGUGUCCUUGAAGCAAAUUUUAUCGAACCGGCACAUGACAAACAGGAUUUUGAGAGAUCCUCACUGUAUAUUAAACUAGAAUCACGGUUAAAGUCGAUGGUUAACGAUUACUGGAAAAGCCACUGCCAUUUUGUUGGAUUCCAGCGGCGGGACCAGCCUCCUCCACCUAAAAUUAGAAAAUUCUCUCGCAAUGAUGAUCAUGCUAUUAGAAGUUCUACAUCUGGAGCUCAGGAAGGAUUGUUGAAUCAGCCCGUUGCUGAGCUUGCUGCUCGACCUAGGAGAAACUAUCAGGAGGAUGCAUCUGCAGUGCAAUCUAUAAUUGACCUAUCUGCUGAUGAAGCAGUGGAUGAUUCUACAGACUCUUUAUCUAUCGAGCAAAUUUGUGAAGAGAAUAUUCAAUUAUUCGCCAGAUGUGAAGCACAUGUGCAGAAAGAGCAUGAGCUAAAGCAUAUGGUCAGUAAAUUGGAGAAGGAGUUGGUUGAAACAAGAAAUAAAUGUGCACAACUUGCGCUACACUUAGAGAAGAAAAAGCAACAAAGUCAAUUGCAGCAAUCAGGGCAUAUUUGAUCAGUAAAUUCUCAGCUGUCUAGUUGGUGCAAUGUAUGAGAAGAAAGACUGUUGAAACUACGAACUGAAUUUGAUGCAAUUGACGUGAGAAAUAUUGUAUGUAUUAAGCAUGAGCUUCAAUCAUGCAGGCAUGAGUGAUGAGUGUUGUCCUAGCAAGCUCUUCCCAGAUGUUGUAUGCAAACUUACAUAGCAGCUCUUGCACGAAUGUAAUUGCGACUCGUAUCAUCUCAAGCUUCUUGUGGAAAUGUAGGGGAAUGUAAUGUGGCAUCAUCUCUUGAAAACAGGACUAUCAAAGACUUGUAACUACAAUACUUGGUAAUUUAUGGUCUGUUUGUC